CAUUGCGCACUCAGCGUUCAAGCCCCCAAAUCAGCCGCAUAGAUGAAGCUCAAAGCCGUAAAGAUCCUCUUGCUCUUCGCCCUCUUGGGUGUUGCCUGUAUCCAGGCCGUCGUGGUCGGUCCCCAGCCAUUGCACAAUAACAACCGGAACGGCUACCGCUACAACGGACCCGCCCACAAAUAUCUGCCAUCGGAGGAGUCGAGCUCGCAUGGCAGCCACUUGGAUUCGAGUCGCAAACAGGGUCAGCAGGGAUCCAGUGAUCCCUACAACUCACAGCAUUACCCAGCACAGCAGCAUCAUGCUCAGGGAACGCAGGAGUACGACCAUCAGCAGAAGGAGCUUGACUCCUGGCAAUCGGCUCUUGGCCAGCAGCAACACCAGAGCUUUGGAAGCCAGCAAAAUCCUCAGAACGCCUACAAUGAAGGACCUGAAUACCAGCAAUAUCAGGGAUUUAACCACCAGCAAAGUCAGGGAUUCAACCAACAGCAAAAUCAUGGAUUCAACCAACAGCAAAAUCAUGGAUUCAACCAACAGCAACAUCAGGGAUUCAACCAACUGCAAAAUCAUGGAUUAAACCAACAGCAACAUCAUGGAUUCAACCAACAGCAAAAUCAUGGAUUAAACCAACAGCAACAUCAUGGAUUAAACCACCAGCAACAUCAGGGAUCAAACCAACAGCAAAGUUACGGGCAGCACCACUAUCAACAGAACCCCAACCAGCUGCCACAUCUUCAGUCCCAACACUUAGCCGAACCCGCCUACGAACCAGCUCAUUUCCAGCAGCAGCAUCACUCAAUUCAGGGCAACAAGCUGCAUCAGCAGAGGAAGGAGCUUUGGGACUCGGUUCCAGAGCAGCAGUCCCAAGAACACGAACCUUGGCAAUCUACGCAAUCUUUGCAAUCUUCGCAUGGUUUCCAACAGCAGCAGCAGCAUGAACAGUUCCGUCCGCAGCAGCAGCACAAUCGCUUUGAGCAACAGCUACCACUGCGGGAAGACCUUUGGCAACCUAUUCGCGAACUGGACCUGGAGAAGCUUCCUUCGGCAGAGGCGCACGCCACCAGCCACAAGACGGUUGCCGCUCCUGGACGCGAUGUAAAGCUUGUGCCCAGUUACACGCUGUCCAGCGAUAUUGAGCACGACCGCUUCAUCGGACUGGAUAGUAUGGACACCCGUCUGCUGACCCAAUCUCUGCCAGAUGCCUACCGCAAGCAGCUGUUCGCCUCGCCCCCCGAACCAUCGUCUUUAAACCAGCGCCAGCACCAACAACUCAAGCCCGUAUCCGCAGCCUAUGGUGGUUCUCACGGACCUUCCCUUGGUGAAUCCCCCUCCGAUUUCCUGCAAAUGCAGUCCCACUCGUAUCAGUUGCCCUCAACGUUUAGCACUCACGCGGAUUGGACCCAAGACAAGGAGCAGAAACAGCAGCCAGCCACCGGCAAUCGUCAGUACUCGACUAGUGCCUACGCAGUGUCCCCCUCGUAUCUGCACAGCCCCGUAUCCUCUCAGCCGCCCAAGAACAGCUUGUCCCAUCCUAGCCGUGACUUCCAACCACCUUACUACUAGAGGCCUUGAACGAACCUAAAGCAACAUAACUGGUACUUGGAUCCGCCGCCAUAAGAUCGUACCAUCUUCAUCUCAACA